GGAAUGCCUAUCCGAUCCCUUACUCAGCGAAAUUUUUGUUUGGUUUUGUGUCGAUCAUUCGGUGCCAAUUUGUCGUCAGCUAUCUUGUUUUUCACCAUUGGGGAUUCUUUGAACAGCCCGAAAUCGAACGUCUCUGAGAUUGCAAUGGGAGCCUUUCGUGGGCUUAUCCUCUUCUUGAGAUGACAGGAAGAGGGGACCAAUAUUCUCGCCAUUAAUACGAAGCUUCCUACCUCCCUGUCCGCUGGGGGCUGUCCAACCCUUUUUCCUAUUUUCCCAUUUCUAUAUAUUAGCCAAUUUGAACAGGGAAAUUUUAGCAGCAACUUUUGGUUUUUGCUUAUUUCUUAUCAGAAGUCUUCUACCGGAGUUUGCGGUAAAGAAACAACCCUUUGAAACGAGGAUCCAACUAGAACGCUUUUCUGUUUAUGGGGACUAAUUAUGUGGAUUGCUGAUACAAUGAAAAUUGCAUGAAAGUUUUGAAGGUUUGACUUACUUCUGAUGGGCAUCUGCUUAAGCGCCAAACCUAUAUCAGAAAGAGAUGAUAAUACAGGGGUGAAGAAUUCAAAAGAUGAUAGUGAUAGCAGUAACGGAAAGGAUAAUGGUGGUGCAAGUAGCAAGAUCUCAUUGGCUUCGGUGCUGCCAGCCCCUCGGAGCGAGGGCGAAAUCUCACAGUUGUCCAAUUUGAAGAGCUUCUCUUAUGCAGAGCUCAAAGAGGCAACACGGAACUUCUGUCCUGAUAGUGUUCUGGGAGAACCUGGUUCUGCUUCAGUUUUCAAGGGCUGGAUUGAUGAACAUUCAUUUACUGCUACGAAGCCUGGAACUGGAAUGGGUAUUGCAGUCAAAAGGCUUAACCAAGAUAGUUUUCGAGGUCACGGAGAGUGGUUUGCUGAAGUGAAUUUUCUGGGCCAACUUGUUCAUUCUCACCUUGUGAAAUUGAUUGGCUAUUGCCUGGACGAUGAGCAACAGCUCCUCGUGUCUGAAUUCAUGCCUCGAGGAUGUUUGGAAAAUCAUCUGUUCCUUCGGGGGUCCUAUUUUCAACCUCUUUCUUGGGGCCUUCGGUUGAAGGUUGCACUUGGUGCUGCAAAAGGGCUCGCCUUUCUCCACAUUGAUGAAAGAAAAGUGAUCUAUGGCGACUUGAGAACUUCAAAUAUUUUGCUUGAUUCCGACUACAAUGCCAAACUCUCUGAUCUUGGGUUCUCCAAAGACACAGGAGCAACGGGCAGUAAAAAGAAUAUGAAUGCCUCAUAUGCAGCUCCAGAAUAUCUUGCCACAGGUCAGGCAACCACAAGUAGUGAUGUUUAUAGUUUUGGAGUCAUUCUAUUGGAAAUGUUAUCUGGAAGAAGAGCCCUUGACAAGAAUCGACCAUUUAAAGAACACAAUCUCAUCGAAUGGGCAAGGCCCUACCUUGCAAACAGACGAAAGAUUGCUCGAAUAAUUGACAACCGCCUCGAAGGCCAAUACUCAUUGGAUGCAGCCUAUAAGCUAUCUAGUCUGACACUGCAAUGCCUGUCCAUUGAGCCCAAGUCUAGACCGAGCAUGAAUGAGGUUGUAACAGAAUUAGAAGAGCUACAAGAUUCCACAUCCAUUAAUAUCAACAGAAAUUCAACACAAAAUCGCAGGGCCCGUAGACAUAGUGCUGAUGAUGCCAUUGCCCAUCAUAGUACUCGUGCCCAUCCUAAGCCUCCUGUUUCCUCUGAUCAUACGUAAGGGGACGCAGGUGAUAGUUUUACAACAAAACAUAGAAGCCUGGCAUAUACAUAUUAUAGUUGAAUGAUUAUACUUCUGUUGCUACUACUAUCUCUUUACCCUGGCAAUUUCUUGGUCAGUUUGUUUAUAAUAGAAGGAAUGGUUCAUCUGAAAUUUUUGUUUGAUUAUCAAAGAUAAGAUACUGGGGAAGCAUCUGGUUAGAUAUCUAAGUUUAUACUCAGUUUAUCCGUUGCUUCUGAAGUGGGUCAAUAUUCGGUUUCAUGUAUUUUUUUCAUUGUGAUUUGUUGGUGUCUCUUGAAGCGAAUAGAAUGAAAUUAUGAGUUACACCAAAA